AUGUUUGACAAAACGGGCCUACGCGGCCUGAAAGGGGCGCUGUUGGUGGCUGCCAUCACCUCAGUAUGCUCUUCAUCAUUCCUAUUAUUUGGAUAUGAUCAAGGUGUCAUGUCAGGGGUGGUAAUCUCCGAUUACUGGCUCGCAGAAAUGGGACACCCUAGUACAGUUAUGACCGGCACGAUCACUGCUCUAUAUGAUGUUGGUGCAGUGUUUGGCGCAAUCAUAGCUGCAUUGACUGUAGAGCAGAUGGGUCGAAAGGGUGGAUUGAUGGUUGGUGCCGCUCUGAUUAUCAUCGGUUCGGCAUUGAUGGGUAGUUGUGUGGAAAGAGUUCAAAUGAUCGUGGGCAGAAUCAUUACUGGCUUGGGAAUUGGAUUUUUAACAUCAGUUGCGCCUGUAUAUCAAAGCGAAAUCUGUCUACCCAGUCAACGUGGAUGGCAUGUGUCUUGCCAGCUGACAACAAUGCUGUUCGGCUUGAUGCUGGCGUAUUGGAUCAACUAUGCAUUUUAUUUUCAACCCGGCCAAAUCCAGUGGCGAUUCCCACUGCUUUUUCAAGCCAUCUUUGCCAUAUAUGUGCUGAUUGUCACCCCGUUGCUACCGGACACCCCACGUUGGCUCAUGCUUCAUGAUUCCUCCCCUAAACGGGGCGUCAUGGUCCUUGCAAAGCUACGCGAUAAGCCAGAAGAUGACCUAGAUGUCCAAAAGGAAAAGUCCGAUAUUAUGACGGCUAUCAACAUUGAAGCAGAGGAGGAAGGUUCUUGGAAAUCGCUGUUCACCGACGGAGGCUGUGCUGCGAACAAGCGGUUUUUCCUGGCACUUGGAAUCCAAUUCAUGCAGCAGACUUCAGGCAUCAACAUUGUUAGCUAUUACGCACCAACGCUAUUUACCGAGAGUCUGGGUAUGUCUCAAGAGCGGGCGUUGUUCGUGGGUUGUUUUCUUCAAGUGUGGUAUAUCUUGGCCUCUCUACUCACUUGGUAUAUGAUUGACGCUGUUGGAAGGCGACGUCUUUUCAUCAGCAUGGCCAUUGGGAUGGGCGUUGUCUUGAUCUGUGAGGCUAUCACUGUCGCCAUUGGUACUCAGCAAUCUGGAAUCGCAGCAGUAUUCUUCGUGUUUGCAUUCGAAGCCUGCUUCACUUGGGGCUGGAUGGCCACAGUCUGGGUAUACCCAGCUGAGAUUCUCCCAUUAAAAGUCCGAUCCAAGGGAGCUGCGCUGGCAGCCGCAGCCGACUUCCUAGGAAACUUCAUUGUCGUGGAAAUCACACCACCAGCCCUUGAGAACAUUGGCUAUAAGACGUACAUUAUUUUUGCGGUCUUCAACCUCGUUGCAGCAAUCAUUGUAUAUUGCUUCUACCCCGAAACAGCUUAUCUCAAUCUCGAGUCCGUGGAUCUUCUUUUCUUGCCAGACGAGGAUCGGGACCGGGAGAUUGAGUCAAAGCAAAAAUUCUAUCACAAGGCCAUUAAGUGGAACGUGAUUCCCAGAGCUCGAAUGGCUGUCAAUGAGGCUAAAGCGAAGAAGAAGGCUGGCCUGGCUGAGACUAUGGGUGAUAUUGAGCGAUCUGACGUCAAACAUGAUGAGGAACUCAAUCAUGUCGAGUUCAAGGGGUGA